UUGAAGAAACUAUCUGACGUCACCUAUCGGAUUUUAGAGUGGGGUAGGAAGAAACCAAAGGUUGUUCACUUUGAUCAGUUAAAACCGUACGAGAGUACUCUUCCAAAAGAUUGGAAGAUACCCCAGGAGAAAGAAACUGAGGAUCCAUUGAAGGUAAGUGAAACUGAGAUGUCUCCUACAAUACCCAAGGAUCCACUGGAGGCGAAUGAAACGGAGAUGGGUCCUACAAUAACAGAGCAUCAACUUGGGACCAAGGACAGAGAUUUGUCCUCUACGCUACCUGGAGGUUCAUUUCAACCUGAAGAUAACCCAAUGAAUACUGUAUUUCCUGACAAUCCAACAAAGAUGAAAGAAGUUGAUGUCCCUCCUACAAUACCAGAAAAUUCAGUGAAGAAUGAGAAAUUGGUUCAGAAGGAGGAGCCUGUAAGAACCUCUGGAGUUGAAGAAUGAGGAAAGAAUAGGACACACUAAGAUGUACAAAUCACUGAAGCUGAAUGAGGAACCCAUGCAGGACGACCAACAAUAUGUACCCCUCGUGCCAGGAAUAGAAGAUUCUACUGACGUGAAGAAGCAAAAAUCUGCCCGGACGGAUGAACCACUGGAG